AACAGUAGCGUAUCCAAUCCCAUCUUUCUAAAAAUAUAACGGACAACCGACCUAAAAGACAUAUUGUAGUCUUAUGACGGUAGAAGUUAGAAAAAGGAACAGAAACAAAGGACACAUUGGUCAAUACAAGCAAAGAGAGUGCAAGACCUAGUUGUCUAUUUAUUAUAGUAAUAAUCGGUAACACUAACACCCACACACACAUACACGCAGGCACACGCGUACAUAAAAAGCCACAUUCUUUCUUCUUCUUCCUCCACCAUAGUUCAUUUCAUUCAUUCAGAAAAAGCAAAAAUCCAAAGACACAUGAUCCCACAAUGGAAGAAACAACAUCAGCCAUCAUCAUGUCAGCACUCUCCACUCUCACCCCUUCCCAAUUCUCAGAUCUAACUCGCUCCAUUCUCUCAGCCACCAACCACCACCAUCGCCGCCUCUCUUCCCUCCUCUCCUACCCCACGCUCUUCUCUCUAACCCUUCACCAUCUCCACACUCUCUCCCUCCCUCAAAAAACUCUUCUUAUCGCCCGCCACCUCCUCUCCUCCCUCCACCUCCUCACCGCCACGUCGCCGCAUUUAUCCACCGCCACGCGGCAGCGAGACCUCGACGCCGCGCUGCUCCUCCUCCUCCUCUGCGAGACGCAUAACCACAACCCGCAUGCCCUCGAGGCACCGGUCUCCGAAUGGAGAAAAAUCUUGAGCAAACUCUUCUCUGAUUCAUUGUUAACUGUUUCUCUUGCACCCCUUGGGACGGUUAUGAUUCCCUUCGUUGAGACGGUGUCGCGGUGCUGGAGGCUCGUGGGUGCGCUGGACUGCGGCGGAGGGAAGGAGGCGGCGGAGGUGGCCGCGUCGGCGGCGACGGUGGUGGCGCUGCCGUCGGUGGAGGUGAGGCACGACGGAAGAGAGUGCGUGAUAUGCAAAGAGGAGAUGGGAAUAGGGAGGGACGUGUGCGAGUUGCCAUGUCAGCACUUGUUUCAUUGGAUGUGUAUCUUGCCAUGGUUGGGGAAGAGGAACACGUGUCCUUGCUGCAGGUUUCGGUUGCCGUCCGAUGAUGUCUUCGGAGAGAUCCAACGGCUGUGGGAAGUCUUGCUUAAAAUGGCAGCAAAAGAUUCAUAGCUAAGCUAAUAAUUGCAUAUUUGAUUUUCAGAUGAAAAUAAUGGAAUACUCGUUUCAACGUAAAUCUAACAACGAAAAGUAAAAUGAAGGCAAAAAAAAAAAUCUUGAUUCAAGUAAUUUUGUCUCAAAGUUAAUUUUAGAACAGAUGUUUUAACAUGCUCUAUGAUAUUUCUUUAACCGUCAUUGCAUCCAACAAUGAUAUUCUCAGUUGGAUUUACAUCUAACGGAGUAUUUUUCUAGUUGAUUAAUCUCGUACCUGUGAUUGGUCUGCGAAGAAGCUGGACAGAGGGGCUCGCGAGAGAGAAACAUCGUUACUUUAACGUUAGUUCAUGUUGUACUGUUAUUUAUUUUGCUUCUUACUGUAGUUACUUCUCAAACGAAUUGAAGAAGGGUAGUGGGGUCCACAGUUUAGGGCCUGUGAUUUUUUGUGCUGAGAAGAUGACGUGGCGUUUGGUUGGUUUUGUUUUGUUUUAGACUUAAGAGAGGGACUCAUGUGGUAGAGGGCGAAGAGUAUGAUUGUGUGGCCAAAUGAGUGGAUGGAUAGAUAAAAUGUUCAACAAGUGUAAGGUUCUCAAUGUAAUAAUCGACAUGUAUGUAUAGACAGUGUAAGACUCGGAUAGAUAUGUGAUAUGUCAAUAGAAUCGAUAAAAUUGCAAUAGAUUUCAGUUUCACAAUGUGUUCCUCAU